AUGAAAAUCACCAUGGAAGCUUGGUUAAUCAUUGCCUUCACAGUCUCCCUCGCUCUACUACUCAAACCCCUCCUCCGUCUCGUCACCACUUGUCGGCUCAACCUCCCUCCAGGUCCUGUUUCUAUUCCUAUCCUCGGUAACCUCCUCUGGCUAAGACACUCAGUCUCCGACGUCGGACCAAUCCUAGCCAAACUCGGACACAAGUACGGCCCUAUUAUCACUCUCAAAUUUGGUUCCCGCACUGUCAUCUUUAUUAGUUCCCACUCCCUGGCUCACAGUUCUCUUGUUGAAAACGGCGCCAUUUUCUCCGACCGGCCUCGACCACCCCCCACAAAAAGGUUUUUAAGCUGUAAUCAGCAUAAUAUUAAUACUGCUGGGUAUGGCCCCACGUGGCGCUUGUUUCGGAGGAAUUUGAAUUCUGAGAUUUUGCAUCCUUCGAGGGUGAAGGCGUUCUCACAUGCGAGGGAGUGGGUGUUGGGUGUACUGGUGCAACGCCUUUACAAGAGUACUGACAAUGUGGGUGUUAAGGUUGUAGAUGAGUUUCAGUUUGCGAUGUUCGGGUUGCUUGUGUUGAUGUGUUUUGGGGAUAAGUUGGAGGAGAAGGAGAUUAAGGAGGUUGAGAGGGUGCAGAGAGGGAUUUUCUCGAAUUUAGAGAGGGUUAGGGUGCUUGAUAUGUGGCCCGUGUUAGGAAAGACUUUGUUUUACAGGAGAUGGUUAGAGUUGAAAAGACUUCGAAAGAAUCAAGAGAGUGUGUUGAUUCCGUUGAUCAAGUGCCGAUUGGAGAAGCUCCAGCCGGGACUUGAUCAGGAUGAGGUAGUCACAGCGUAUGUUGAUACGUUGCUGAAAUUGAAGCUUCCGGAGGAAGGGGAUAGGAAAUUGAGUUUUCCGGAAAUUGUUAGUUUGUGUAGUGAGUUUUUGACUGGGGGGACAGAUACGACUACAACGGCUUUGCAAUGGAUUAUGGCCAACUUGGUGAAGCAUCCGGAGAUUCAGGGGAAAGUUUAUGAUGAGAUUAUGAGUGUUAAGGGUAACUGUCCGGGGUUGGGGGGAGAAGGGAAAAUGGUGGUGGUGGAGGAAGAGGAUUUGCAGCAGAUGCCAUAUUUGAAGGCAGUUGUGUUGGAGAGUUUGAGAGCUCAUCCGCCUGCACAUUUCGUAUUGGCACAUUCCGUGACUCAGGAAAUUGAGUUGGACGGUUAUGUAGUGCCUACAGAUGCAAGAAUUAAUUAUAUGGUGGCCGAGAUGGGGAGGGAUCCUAAGGUGUGGGAUGAUCCGUUGGAAUUUAAACCGGAAAGGUUCUUGAAUAAAAAGGGAGAUUUAGAAGCUUUCGAUAUAACAGGGAGCAGGGGGAUCAAGAUGAUGCCUUUCGGUGCUGGGAGAAGGAUAUGCCCUGCCUUGAACUUGGCAAUGCUUCAUCUUGAGUAUUUUGUGGCUAAUCUGAUUUGGUAUUUCAGAUGGAAGGCUCCUGAUGGUGUUCCUGUUGAUCUAUCAGAGAAAGAAGAAUUCACUGUUGUCAUGAAAAAUCCCCUACUUGCUCACAUUUCUCCUAGGGCAAAAUUGUAG